AUGGCCAGAGUCGCCUUUGCCUCAUCGCCGCCGCUAAUCUCAGUUCGUACUCUCCGUCAACGUUUCUCAGUUUUCGCCGCCGUGAAUCCCGAAAUGCCUCUUCACCACAGCUCUCUCGAAGUUCUCGGCGGAGGAACCGAUCGUUUCUUACCGGCUCUAAAGGAAUCACUCGCUAAACCCUACGAUGCGUUUCCUCUAAUCGGAUUUAACCGCCACGUGGAGACAAUCUACGCCGCUUUCUUCCGCUCUGUACCUUCCGUCAGACUCCGCCGCGAAUGUCUCCGGACGAAAGACGACGGUUCUGUUGCUCUCGAUUGGGUCGCCGGAGACGAUGGUUACCUUCCUCCUGAAUCUCCGAUCCUAAUCUUGUUGCCAGGUUUAACCGGAGGAAGCCAAGAUUCGUAUGUGAGACAUAUGUUGUUAAGAGCACGAAGUAAGAACUGGCGUUGUGUUGUGUUCAAUAGCCGAGGAUGUGGAGAUAGUCCUGUUACUACUCCUCAGUUCUACUCGGCUUCGUUUUUAGGAGACAUUAGUGAAGUGAUUGCUCAUGUUGGUGAUAGAUUCCCAAAUGCUAAUUUGUAUGCAGCUGGAUGGUCUCUUGGAGGCAACAUUCUUGUUAACUAUUUGGGUCAGGAGUCUUGUAACUGCCCUCUUUCUGCUGCUGUUUCGUUGUGUAAUCCUUUCGAUUUGGUCAUAGCGGAUGAAGAUUUUCACAAGGGUUUUAACAAUGUUUAUGACAAGGCAUUGUCGAGAUCUCUUUGUAGAAUAUUUAGCAAACAUUCUCUUCUAUUUGAAGAUAUAGGAGGUGAAUUUAACAUUCACAUGGCUGCAAAUGCUGAGACGGUUAGGGAUUUUGAUGAAGGCUUAACUCGGGUCUCAUUCGGUUUCAAAACAGUGGAUGAGUACUAUUCCAAGUCGAGCAGCUCCAAAUGUAUAAAACAUGUUCGUACACCCUUGCUUUGCAUUCAGGCAGCGAAUGACCCGAUUGCUCCUGAUAGAGGGAUCCCUCGCGAUGAUAUCAAGUGUCAGGCAAACCCAAACUGCAUGUUGAUAGUAACACCAAGAGGAGGGCACUUGGGGUGGGUGGCAGGAUCAGAAGCUCCAAGCGGAGCUCCUUGGACUGACCCGGUGGUUAUGGAGUUUCUGCAGCAUGUAGAGAGUUGUGUAACCAUUAAUGGAGAGAGAUUCUUGGAGGAUGUUCAUCAAAUUCAAGUAUAG